GAAAUCUGUGUUCGUUGUUAUUAACGGGGCAUUAGAAGUUAUCCGUUUUUUCCCAAAUUUAGGAAAUGUUUUCCGAAGUUGUGCAGCAACGGCGAAUAUGGACCUAUUGUUGUGUAACUAUUUAACAACUUUCAUAGCAUCUUCUGAAUUAUUCGCACACAAGUGAGAUGUUAAUGAUAGUUAGACGAGCUGCUACAACUGAUGUUUCUCAAGAAAAAACGGUGGAAAUGUUUGCAUCGCGGAUUUUAUCAGGGGCAACAUCCAGACACCCAGCCAGCUAGCUAGCUAGCGGCUCUCCUUGGGGAGAGUGGCACACCGACUUACGAAUGCUUCAGGGACACUUUACCGUGAAGAGGAUCACGAUAUGGUCAUUUGUUCUGAAUAUCCAAGUUGUGUGUUUGUGUCCACCUUCUCUCUUCUCCCCUUGGUGUCACGAUGUAACCCGGCGUGAGAGUGUUUUGGGUUACAGUGCCAGACAUCAGCUUUUAGGGUACAAUACAUCUAAGGAGGGAUCAUGGAUCACAGCACAACUACCCCCUCCUUUCUCUGACAAAUGGGAGAGCCUCUCCUGUAUCCAUGUGAUGCAACAUGACCCCGGAGGGAAAUCAGCAGAGCAGACAUUGCUUAGGAUGGAUGAUGCAAUGGAAAUCAAUGGACGCUUGGUGUCUUCUACAGAGGGGCCGCUCUCUUCUUCAGCGUCCUCUGGUCUAUGGGGACGGCCUCUUUACACGCCACUCUCCUACCUGUCAAAGAUCUUGCCCCUCAGGAACCGCAGAAGCACACUCACCAGAUAUAACUCGGGCCUCACUCUGCCUCAGAUUCAGAGUGUGGCACCUCCAUCCUCAUAUGAGGUCAAGUUUCACAAGUGUGCACAGGUGAAGCUGGACACUGACCCUCCUCAGCUGACUUUCUUCCUGCUGAUUGACAACAAGGAUGGCACCGACUUGUCUCAGUUGGCUAUUCGGGACUCCAUCUCUGGAAUAGUGCCCCUAAAAUCUAAAGGCAGGGUGGUGGAAAGAGGCUACCAGGCGUUUUCCAUUGAUUCACUGUCUGCUGGGUCCAAAGUUGUUGUCAACUAUACCGCUCACAUAAGGAGUCAUAAGACUGAAGUCCUGGACCUUCCAGCUUUUCUCACCUUCUCCAACGCCUCACAGAAUGAUGUCAGUAUGUUUGGUCCAAUAAGAGCUAAUCUAACGUUGAGAGUGAAUUCCACCGACAGGAUGUAUCUUAACCAUGGGGUCCAUUUUGCUGGAUUUGUUGUUGGGUUCUUUGUCACGCUGGUGCUGCUGUCGCUAGGGUUUCUGGUCAUGAACCUGAUCGGCCUCAGAUCCAGGCUGAACCUUCUCCGACAAAGGAGAAACAGGCGUGAUUCUGUCCCAGAGUAUGCACACUGCAACAUGAGUGAGACCAUAAAAGAUGAGGCCGCAUUUGAAGACAAGAUGGUGGACACGAUGGUGCUGGAAGAUCCCCAGAACAUGUACCAGGCUUUGGAGAACCUUGAAAUGUCCACGCUGCUGCAUGCCACCAAAAACCUGGAGGCCACCCGGAUUCAGAUCUACAAGGACGUGAUGUCUUCCCUGCUGGGCGACCUGCGCUCCCGGGGCCAUACCAGCGCCCAGGCCCAGCAGAGGCUUCUGAGUGUGCUCCACGGACAGAUGUUGGGUAUGGAGGGCCGGCUGAAGGAGGAGCGAGGGGCCCGCCUGGCAGCUCUGAAUGGCCGGUGUAACCUGGAGAGUCGGGAAGAAAUGGAAGCAGAGCAUCGCAGAGAGGCUGCUGAGAAGAACCAGGCCGAGCUGCUGUGUCAACAUGCAGACCAACAGGAGCUCCUGCACUGCAGUGUCCUCCUGGAGAAGCUGCACAAGCUGAGUCAGAGUCAGCUCCAGCGCAUCCUGUUGGUCCGUCAUGAGGAAGCCUCUGGGAAGCUCCAGAGGCAGAUCAUCGAGUGGCGCCGGGUGGAGCUGCACAAGAUUUUCUCAGAGGAACUGGAGGAGGCCACCAGGAUGGGGGAGCUGGAGAAGAGCACGGCCAAGAGUCUUCAGCACGAUUACUUCGCCUGUCAAGAUCAGCUUGAGGAGAUGCUGGAUGUGGUCCUUGCCAACCACCGCUUUGUGCUUGCUGAACGCAACGCUCAGAGGAGGUUCUUGGUGCACAGCCUUCACAGCCUCAACAGCCUGAUUUCUGACAGCUUCUCCAGCACCUCCAGCAACCUGGACCGCUGGUUCACUCACAUCAGGAGAGGGAGCCUCGUGUCUGCCGAGCAGAUCGAUCAGCUGCAGGAGAAAACACAGAAAGAGCUGCUGAUGGUGAGGCAGAGACUGGAUGAGUCUCUGAGCCAAGAGACGGGGGCCAUGCGCUGUGGACUGAUCAAGAAGAGGCGGGAUCUCAUCUCUGACAUGCUCCGGGUCCACAAACAGAGACAGAAGGACCUGUCGGGGCUGUCCAAGGGUCUGGAGGGACGGAUAGAUGUAGCUCAGCACCUGCAAUGUUGGAGGAACUUACUAACAGCUCACAGUUUGGAGCUAGCUGAGCUCAUCAACAACCUGGAUGAAGAGGCUGCUGCAGACAUCCGCAAGGUGACCAUGCGUGUGAUCCAGGGUGCCAUAACAGAACUCAAAGCCAUCCAGCCCUCGGCAGCCCAGGCCCUGCUGACACUCUUGCCUCCAGGGGCCCAGCGCUCCCUGCUCCAGCUGGACCCGGAGCCGGGGGGGCCAGGGACUGCUCAGGGGCCAGGGGCGAGCGCUCUCCCCCAGGGCCAGGAGAGGCUGCACCAGGAAGGAAAGGCAGCGCUGCGCACCCUCAGCUGCAGCAGGGAGGCUCUGAGGGGAGCCAUGGAGAGAGAACUGCAGGAGCAGAGAGAGCUCCGGGCGCGCUGCAGAGCGUUCUUCAGUUGUUUGUGUUCGUCCCAGCUGACUCUGUCUGAAGAUGACCGGCUGAGGAUGAAACUAGAGUUUCAGAAGUGUCUGUCUGUGAUGGACCGCUGCCUGGUGCUGCCCCACGCCGUCUCCAGAACCAAACUUCACAACGCUCUAGCAGCUUGGAGAAAGGACAGCGAGCAACAAAUGACAAAUAUGCAAUCCAAGGGGAAAACCAACGAUGCCAGACCAAAAGCAGACACCUCUGACCUGCUGCUUUUCCAGAGAAGGCUGGAGGACAGGAUCCAACUGUGUGAGAAGGAGAAGGAGACGGAGAGAGGCCUCAUGGAUGGGGUGACAGUGGAGAUGCGUAAAGAGAGAGAGGAUGACCUGCGCUCUCAGGGCGACAGCUUGGCGAUGCAGAUGGCUACCAUCCACUACCAGAAGGCUGAGCGGAGGACCAAGGUCCUGGAAACCUCCAGAGCAAUGCUCACUCUGCACAGCCUGCUGAUACAGCAGCUCAGAGACAGGAAGAGCCUGGAGAGACAAGACAUGGCCCAGAGUAUAAACAACCACUGCAUGGGCCUGGAGGAAGCAGAACAGCAGCUUCAAAAGGAAGUAAAGGUGCUGGACGGCCUGCAAAUGUCUCCCUCCAGAGUCCCAACGCAGAGAGAAGACCCUGAUGAGGGAGAGGGGGAAAGUGAGGAGGAGAGAAUGUUUCAAGUGCAGCGGGAUUGCAGGAUGACGUUCAUCCUCCAGGGGGCGCUGUACAAAAGCGAUCAGGUCCUCGCACUGUUGGCUGAGAGAUUGCAGGAAAUGACUGGCAACAACCAAGCCAUGGAAGAUUUAAAAGAGCAAAUGGAGCUCAGGAGACUUUAUGCAAACUGUGAUCAGGAUCUAGAGUUUGCAUCGGGGCUGGUUCGGCAGAGUCAGGUGUCUGCGGAGGUUCUCCUGGAGGCCCUGCGCCUCCUCCUGCCCACCCUGCCUGAGAGCGAACUCCUCUCCAUCACCGACGCCCUCUGCCCCAAACAGCACCCGGGCUCAUCUUCUGCAGAGCAGGAACACUCGGGGUGUGCCGGGGGGGGUGAACAGAGUUCUUCCUGUCAAACUGAGGGAAGAAGUGGUGCAUACAAAUAUGCCAACUAUGCCAAGCUGCACUGUGGAAAGAGAGAGACUCCUGGAAAAGAGGCAAAGUUUGAUGGAAAAACUGCUCCCCAGAUCUCCUCUCCUGGCUCCAAGAGAUGUUGCACCACUGUUGGUUGGAGAGGAAGGAAAGGAGGACACUCGUACUAAAGCACAACGUCCAAUUGAUAAAUCAACCGUGACGGAAAACACAGUUAGUAAGCCGCUAACUGACACUGCAAAAGAAACAUUACAAAGCACAGCAGAGGAAUACUUGAUGCCAGCGUCUGCCAGCUCAGUGCUGGGCGUCCACGCUACAGGAGAGAGGCUGUUUGUGUUCAGGGACCCGCCUGAACCAUGUGACAUUGUAGGGGCUCCUAAAAGAAAAGAAAAGGAACUUUCUCAAUCUGAAGAAGGCUCGGUGGCUCCGACACACCUACCUUGAGUCUGAAAAACAUUGUCGUCCACAAGAUUUUCUAUGAUGAUGGUACUAUAUCAUGGUGUAUAAUACUGAAAUCUCAAAUAAAUCAAUAGUUGUGCUGUUUAGCUAAACUUUCUCUGUGCCUUUUUAGAAAUGUUCGUUGCAUGGUGGUUGUGGUUGAACAGUUUAUUAUUACCUCAGCCAAAGAAGUUGUGUUUUAGUUUUUUUACUGGCAGCAGGAUGAUGAUAAAUCUACUGCCCAAAUGUUAACGAAACUUGAUGGCCGCUUGUAGCAUAUGGCUGAGGAAAAACCUAUUACAUUUUGGAAGGGAUUUGUCUAUAGGUGUAUUUCUGCUUUGCCAAAUUACCCUUCUGGAUUUUACAUUAUGUUUGUAUACAGAUUACAAUUGUAUCUUGAAUGGACAUCUUUUAAGUUGUCCACAAAAGUUCGGACUCUUUUUACUGAAAAGGUUACAGUAUAUGAAUGUGUUUUCAUAGUAUUAAUGUGUACUGUAUUCACAUUAAAAAGUGUUUUUAUUGGUGUUCAAAACUCCAGAUAUCAGACACUUUUUCUGGUUUGAAGUGAGAAUUGUUUGAUUCAAGAUGUACAGAAUAAUUAAAUGUAUCCAAAUUCCAAGUUA